ACUCAUGUAGGCGGGAGAGCGGGCGGACGCGCUCAGGCUGUGGAGCAGCAGAUCCUCAGCAGCGGCAUCUGAUCCAGCACAUCCGGCCAUGCAGCAGCUUUAACCCGGCUACAGCCACGCUGAGGAGCCCGGGUCUGUCCAGCACUUAGCCUGGUUUAACUGCGCAGAUCCCCACAGCACUUCAUCCCGGGUUACAGGAGUUUAAAGCGCUCAGAGAGCGGGAGAAUGGUGGUGCUCCAGACCGUGUCUCCUCCGAGUGAAGGAGUGAAACACGAGCAGGCUGAGAUCACCGCGGUUCUGGACGGGAAAGGGCUCGGGUCCGGAACUCUGUGCGUUGCGGAGUCUCGUGUGUCGUGGUUCGAUGGCUCUGGGUUGGGCUUUUCUCUGGAUUAUCCGUCCAUCAGCCUCCACGCCAUCUCCCGAGACCUGAGUGCCUACCCUGAAGAACAUCUGUACGUGAUGGUGAACUCCAAGCAAACAAAUGAUUCCAAGAUUGAGGAGCAAAAGGCCAAGGGUAAAGGGGAUGGCAGCGGCGGUGAUGACGAGGAAGAUAACGACGACGAUGAUGAAGAAGAAGAAGAUGAUGAGGAUGACGACAGCGAUGCAGAGGAUUCAAUAAGUCUCGUCACGGAAAUCCGUUUUGUUCCUAGUGAUAAAGGCUCUUUGGAGACCAUGUUUUCAGCAAUGUCUGAAUGUCAAGCCCUGCACCCCGAUCCCGAUGACUCUGACUCUGAUUUCGAUGGGGACGAGUAUGAUGUCGAGGAGGCAGAACAAGGCCAGAUCGAUUUGCCCACGUAUUACUCUUUUGAGGAGGGCAUGUCUCAGCUGACUGUGGAGGGCCAGGCCACGCUGGAGAGGCUGGAGGGCAUGCUGGCUCAGUCCUCAGCCCCACAGCGCUGCAUGGCUGGAGUCAGAACCGAGGACACGGCAGUUGGAGUUAAUGAUGAGUCGAAGGCAAAUUCAGCUCUUGGAGUCUCGGGGCAGUUUGAUGAUGCUGAUGUUGACCACUGACGGAACAGAGCGCCUCUUGUUUUCUCUUGCCAGAAGCACUUGAAAAGGAGCUGGAACGGGGCAGUGGAGGAAAAGGCUGAAUUGUAACAGAAGCCAAAGCACUGGGCGCUAUGAAUGUUACUAGACUAAACUUUUGCACACUUGACGGCUAACCCCUUCCUCCACGCCCCCCCCAUCCCUCUGAAGACAGAAGCGACGAAGCAGAUCGUUAUGUUUUGUGUUCUGUGUAACUUUUGUAUUGACCUCGUUUUUCUACUGACCAGGAGCAGUUUGUACUAAAUUUUUUUUGAUAAUGUAAUAAAUAAAUAAACAUUUAUACACA